UCAAGUAAGGAUAUUAUUCAGAUCGAAUUGUUUUGUUAAAUUUAUUGGGAGAAACUAAACCUUACUUGAUAUGUAUAUUGUCAUGAUACGCUUGUAAUGAAAUAACAAUAUAACAAAACACAAUUUGUAUCGUUGUUUAAAUUGUGAUUUUCAAUAUGGCGACUGGAGGUAGCUUUUCUAGAACAUUACAGCGCGGACAUGAAUCAUUUUAUGACUUUCCAUGUUCGUUAUGUGAGGAAGAAGGAAAGCACGUGGAAGCUGCCAGAUAUUGUGAAGAAUGUUUUGUUUACAUGUGUGACCCUUGUGUUAGGAAUCACAACAGAUUUCCGCUGCAUACGAGACAUCAGUUGUUGGAUCAAAGUCAAUUCCUGACAAUGACCCGGUCUAAACUUGUUUCUUUUCCGACGAAGCGAUGUUUGAAACAUCCUGGUGAACUCAUCAAUAUUUAUUGUGGAGACCAUGAUGUCGUCUGCUGUAGCUCGUGCAAGGUUCUCGAGCACAUCAACUGUGCUAAAACCAAGUAUUUGAUAGACGCGGCUAUGGGUAUACAGAAAAGCAAAGAGUACCAAACUAUCAAACAAGAAACACGUACCCUCAUGAACGACGCCGCUAGAGUUCUUGCAGUCCGAAAAGCUGAUAUUUCUCGUAUCGAGAACGAAAAACAAAAUGUCAAGCACAUUAUUGCUGAUUUUAGGAAAAAAGUCAAUAGAUACUUUGAUGACCUGGAGCAAAAAAGUAUCGAUGCUUUAAAUGAUAAAGCGGAAAUUAUUGUAAGCCGUUAUGAAAAAGACAAAAAAGAUCUUUCUGUUAUGAAAUUAAAAGUCGAGGACAUUUUGAGGCAGCUGGAAUCAUUCAAGGGAGAUAAUGAGUGCGAUCUCUUUGUACAAGUCAAAACGGGCAAGAAGUUCUUAAGUAAUGCUAUGCAGGAAGUCCUUAGUAUCUCGAAGACGGUACAGAAAGAAGAUACUAUUAACUUUAGAAUAGACCCAAAAAUCGAGCGAUACCUUAGUUCAGUUGAAGUGUUGGGCACCUUUAUAGAUUUCCAUAUGAACGCAAGUCAACUUUCAAUAGUAGCUAUAGACACGCAUGAUCGCCAGCCACGUUCAUCUAUGUCAUCCUCACAAACGUAUCUGGAUAAUCGUGAUCCGCUCCCUAAGGAAAAAACACAGCUAUAUGGUGACUUUAAUGUAAAGGAGAAAUCUGAUUCUGAAGUGUGUUAUAUAUCAGACAUCUGUCAAUUACUGGACGGAACUAUCCUUAUCAUUGAUAAUAACAACGAAAAGCUGAAGAGACUAGAUCAGUCAUAUAAACUUCUUGAUUCACUUCGACUGACCAAUGGCCCAGAAAACAUCUGUUAUGUUUGUUCUGAUGAGGUUUCUGUGUCUCUGUGUAAUGCUAAGAAAGUUCAGUACAUCUCUGUUAAACAAGAACUGACAUUGACGAGGUCAUUUAGUACAGGUAACUACUGUAGAGGAAUGGUUUAUGUUGAUAGUAAACUGUAUGUAUGUUGUGGUAAUAGAUGUGAUUUAUCGUCCGGUUGUAUAGAAGUGUAUAACAACGAUGGUCAGCUACAAUAUUCUAUAAGCGGAUCACCUUAUGUUCCAUUAUACAUCACAGUCAUAGACUCUGGUCAACAUCUACUUGUUACCAGCUAUCGCAGUGAUAACGUUACUAUGAUGAAUCUGAUUGGUAAUGUAGUCAACACGUUCAACAACAGGGACUUGAUACUACCUAGAGGCAUAUGCACUGAUGGUAAAGGUCAGGUCUUUAUCUGUGGUUGGGACAGUAACGCAGUUGUUCAGCUGGAACGGAAGCAGGAGAAGAUAGACGUGAUCCUUGGAAAAGAAGAUAGUGUCAGCCGUCCUUCUGCUAUUUGUUAUGACAGGAAGUUCUCGAGACUUCUUGUCGGAUGUGAUUACUCUAAUUAUCUGCUCGUAUUUAAUUUGAAAUAGUACAAGAAAACGUGAAAACAAAAAACAAAAUCUUUCUUGUAGCAUUUUUACAACCUUAGAUGAAACUCCAUAUUCUAUUAUUUUAAACCAUAUACCAUUUCUAUUGACUAAGUCGAACGCAUUUUUUAAGUCAACAAAUGCUGAGUACACUUUUCUUUUGUCAUGUUUAUUAUGUUAUUGAUAAUAGAAUUUUAUAAACAUUCACAACAGGAGUCUGUAAGUGCCGUGUGGCGGGCGUAAAACGCCUCUCCAUACCUCGAUUCAGUGUCGUUAUUUUUUCUGGUUCUUUGGAAUCAUGAAGUUCAGUUAAUGAUUCUCUAUAAUAUCAUUCCUCUUGAAAUAGAAAACUACGAAUCGUCCAUUUUUCGGCGACGCCGUCUAAAUUCGUUUUCGUUACCUAUGCCACGUGACCUCAGUUAGCAAAUCAAACUACUUGAUAACGCAUUAUAGAUAAUUUAUCAAAAUGGAAGAUUUAUGCAACACUCUGCCUGAUUGGACGAGAGUGUCAAUUUCUUUCACUCUGUUGAUUGUGCUACACUGAGUGAAAUGUAGACAAAGUGUUUAUCCUAAACGACGCUGUUCACAGUUUUAAAGCUAACUUUGGCUGAGUAUAUUUGGCAAGAAUAUUGAUAUAUCUCAAAAUGAUAAGUAAGUUUGAUAAAUAUGAUAACAACCUGUUCAAAUACCAACAUAUAUCAAAUUAAAGAAAGAGCUGAAUACUGUCUGCGUAUCACAAAAUAAGGGUGUGAUAAGAGUAUUUUAUGUAGAGAAGUGCUUUUUAAAAGAUUUUCCUUGUUACAAUUGUCGUCUGUAUAUGAAAAGGUUUCUUGCUUUUGUGACUUAUUCAGAUUGCAUAUUAAAAUGGGUACUUGUUUGCUUUGAUAUAUUUGUUAUAAAUUAUUUAACUGAUUUAUUAUAUAUGAGUAUCUUUCUUUAGUAUGGUAUGCAAAUAUUGAACUCAGUGGAAAUCUGUUUAUUAUAUAUAUGUUAUAUAAUGACUGAAUCUCAUUUCACUGAAAUGAAGGUAUGCUGCAUACAGUUUAUCUAUGUGAUAUGAGUACGGUCAACUUUACUUAUGAAACAGAAAUAUUGAAAUAAUUACAAUUGUAUGUUUUGCUUGACCUUCACUUUUUUAUAGGUGUGACGUCAUUGUCCAAAGAUUCAUGAAUAACGAAUAUGCAUUUGUUAAAGCGGGAUCAGUUGGCCUAUUUUAGAAAUAAAUAAAAAUAAUAAAUAAAAAAAUCCUUUAA